UGCAAUGGUGAAUGGUGUUUGGGUUGUUUGCCCAGAUAAAUAUCGUUGGGAAGAGCAUAAAAGUGACAGAUAUCGUUAUGAGGAAAUAUAAUUAAUGAAGAAAGUUUAAUAUAAUAAGGAUACCAAGGAAGAAGAAAUGAAGACAUUGGAAGAAAAUGAGAGACAUUGUCAACUAAAUUGCAAAUAAUUAAUUGAUGAGCUCAUAAAAUAGUCUAAAUCUCUAGGGUAUAUUCCAUAAUAAAUGACACAAAAGGAAUAUAUUGAUUAAAAUUUGGUUGAAAAGUCGUAAAAAGGAAAAGAAGGGAGAGAUAAAGCUUUAUUAGCUAUCAAAGAUAAAUGUGAUGAGUUAGAAUGA